UGUCACUUGGCCGGAUGCACGUUCACAAGCUUGUAUCUCUUUUACUAUCACCAACAUUAAGUUACAGGUAGACGGUUCAGUCCACUCGUUGCUGUCCGUCUGACCAAGCAUCAAUCCUUACUACCCAUCCACUGUCAUUCGUUUAUAAACCGACGCUCUUUACUGCCUUUCAAUAUGGAACAGAUAUCUGACUACAAUUCAGCACCUAGCUCCUUCGCCACACAAAUAUUUAGCGGCACCGAUGUCAACCACACAACUACCGUUAUCAUCGUGGUUCUUUGUGUUGUUGGGGGCAUGUCGAUCUUGUUCGGUCUUUUUCGAUUCCUACGCCAUCGAUUGGCUCGACAUUCCACUCCCCUACCACCCGUGCAGCCUAUCGCUCAUUAUCGCAAGCAGCGGCUGACAGAAUUCGCUGAACAGCCCACCAUGUCGUCAAUAUACUCCCUGUCCUCACGCCUUUCUCCGUCAAUUGGAUUAUCGCCCGCCGCGAGCGAUUCUUCCUUCCUCAGUGUGAAGUACAACCAGAAUUCUCCUUCGCAAUCAAGUCUGUAUCUUGCAGAUAAAGGCGAUGACCAAGGCGUGCCCCCGUCUCUAGCAAAUGACGAAAAAGUUCUUCCAACACCAAAUCCCGCAUUUAGUCGUGCCAGGCGUUUUAGUAGCAGCUCUUCGGGUUCUGCUUCCUCCACUCCCCCCUCAAUUUCUGUUCCAUCACGUUCACCAUCACAGGCUACGCUUACCCGUUCGUAUUCCCGUCGUACUGGUCCUGCGUCAGCAGUGUCCAGCACCUCCAUCCGAAGCAGGAGUUCUGGAAGGAGCACUAUCAUAGGUGCUCCGCAUGGACCCCUAAGUCAGGUCAGACUCGUACUACCUGCCCCUCUCGCUCCUUCUCUGCAACCAUAUCUUUCUGGCCCAGAAGCGGGUAGCUUAGGCGUGGAUGCUGAGACGUCAAUGCGCACAACCAUGGUCGAUAUGUGGGCACCCCCACUUCACAGGUCGGUGAGUUCUGAUCAUAUCCGACCAAGUUCGCCUGCAAUUUCUGCUACAUACCGGCACGGCGCUUCACCCUCUAAACCUCGACAGAGGACCACCUCAUGUCAUGCACCGUCAUCGUCACCUUAUUUCUCUGCGAUGGGUUCCCCUCCUGUUCCCUCAAUUCCUAUCCAGUACAGGCAACUAAAUUGCGCACCUUAUGCCACGCAACAUCAGCAAGACAACCCUACGAGAGGCCCUGUCAUGCUUCAACAAUCCUCUUCCGAAGAGUCAUAUACCAUACAGCACGAUGACCGAGAAGAGAAUCCUCGCGAGUCAUCGACCGCAUCUUGACCGAGUAAUAGAUGACGGGUUGAUGUAAUAUUUUGAUUCUGUGAUGACCCUUGAUGAGUUGAUCGAGCCGCAUCUAUAUCAUUACCAUCCUUUAUGUAUACGUGUUUCCGCACACCAAUGAGUCCUUGCACUGCCAGAUUCCUUUUCCGUAUACUUACAAGUCACACUAGUAUGGAAAGCCAGACAGCCGCGCUCCCUUAGUCAGUGUCACGCG